AAAAAGUGCCCGAGCAAGAUUUUGGAUAUCAAUUGAAGGUCUUUGUUACCCUUCUCCCACCACCCACCUCGCAACCUGAUGCACUAUCUGCGCUGGACUUUCAGCACGGCCACGCCUGAGCUGUUCGCGUCCAUGUUCUGUGGACAGCAAGGCUUUGCAGGUGGCUUCACAUUCCUGCGGCAGGCGUGCUCCAUUUUCUUGGCCAAGCACUCCAAAAAGGCCUCAUCCACAUUCACUUCUUUGGUCAAGAAGCUCCCAUUUGUUGCGGGUCGGAGCUGCAGACUUGAUGGCUCCGUCAGACUCCGCGAAGGUCGCGCCGGUUCUCCUCGGGGUUGGCCUUCUGAUAGACGUCUACCAGGACUACCCCAUUGGGCACCACCUGCAUGAUGCACAGGCCAUGUUCUUCAAGAAGAUUGGCGCCUGGCGACGCGAAGCUUGGGGCCUCCAGGCUUCUUGACACUGGCUGCGUCGAGUGGUAGGGAUGCCCGAGACUGAGCUGGUCUCAUAUGGCAUGCAGAAUGUGAUGAUGAGAACCACAAGGACGAGGCAACAUGCAUAAGCAGCGUGCUCUAUCAGUAUCAGCUCUGACAUUGCGGCUGGCCUU